CGGGUUUUGGAACAAAGAAAUAGUAAGCCGUACGUGCGGCUAGGUUCUUUGUGUACUUGUGUUUUGCUCCUUCUUCUUCUACCUCCGUCCAAAGUGAGAGAGAGCGGCAACAACAGUUGCCAGUAACCCAUCCCACGAUGCCUGUCCUGCAGCAGCACGAUGAGAAGCCUUUUGUGCGUCCGGUGGACGUUACAGCCACGCCAGCUCGUUACUUUGAAAGGCCAACAAGAUCGGCGCGAUCCAACUCCGUUAGCCGCGGCCUCGCGUCGUCUCGUAGUCUUUAUAAAGCGAUCUCUGGCUCGCACUCCAUCUUCAAGCGCAUCACUCCACUGCUCCAUCCACCCGUCUCUGAUCGCUCUCCUAGCUUGUUUCCAUCAUCUCCUCCCGCCUAGAGUUUUCCGUUUGAUUUCCACUGACAUCGAGAGGGAAGAUGGCGUACAAGGGCAUGGCCAACUUCAUCAUCUCCAUCAUAUCCACUGCAUCACUCUACACCAGCAGGACUCUCGACAAGUCCCACCAGAGGGUCUACUCCAGAAAGGAGGGACUACAACAACUUGUCCAUGAACUGCACACCGUGGGAGGAUCCACUAAGGGUGUCCGCGCACUGUUGCUGCUGCUGCUUCUUAUAUGCUUUGCUGUUGGUGGGCAAUGUGAUCAUCCUGGGUGCUACAGGAGUAGCACUUUCCCACCGUGCAACCCCGACAAAAACAGGUGUUACUGCUGUUUGUAUAACUGGACUUGUUACAAGUCGUUUGCGGAAUGCGGACCUGCUUGCCAUCCUCCCCCCCUCUUCCUCCUCUGUACAAUCAUAGAACUAGAUUCUUGUAGCGGAUUGGAAAGAUGGAUGAAUAAGGCAAUAAGUUGUUAAGCAAAUUGUGUACAUGUGCUAUGUAUUGUGUUGUGCCUGUCCUCCCUCUACUAGAUUAUAGAAUCUGAGCAUGCGGCUUGUGCAUGCCUCCCAUCAUGGAGAUGGUUAGUCCACUCCUCCUUAUUUAUACAACACUGUAACAUCCUCAGAUAAUGUGCACAAUAAUAUUCA